AGGAGAGGUAGAGAUUCGUUGUACAUUUAGUUUAAAUUAUAAAUAAAAAAACAGUUUCACAAUUCUACCACUAGACUACACAGAAGCAGACUGGAUCACAGUGCGCUGCACCCUGGGAUAGGUUAUGCAGAGCGAGUCAGGUCGCCGUCAGAAUUGAGCGAUUUAGACGAGACUGUUUCCCCGUCAGUAUUAAUUAACGUUCUUCAGUCCGUGCGGAAUGGAAGAUGAAACCGGGGGCAGUCCUGAGCUGGGUCAGCUGAUGCUGGAGAACCUUCCAGUCCUGGCAGCGAAGGACAGCUGCAAACUCAACUCCCCGCUACAAGAAGCUUCCUCAAUGGGGCUCCCUGUAGCAAACGAGCAGCACUCCGAGACAGGACUCUGCACUGCAAACGAGCAGCACUCUGAGACAGGACUCCAAGGCAGGGUACAUUUCCCUUGUCUCCCAAAGUCGGACCUUAAGCGUGCAGAACUCGAAAAUGAAGCAUCUUUGGGCCACCGCAAGAGUUUUUUGCAUAACAAUCGUAGGGGAAUCUCUGAGAGGGAAUUUGGCAACACAGGAAACAGAUCUGUCCAGCGAGUGGCCAGGGCUGAUUUGGAUCAAAGACACUUUCGAGGGUUAAAAUCUCAUGAGGCUUUCGAACCCAGACUAGAACACUCAGAAAACCUUUUUUCGGCGCGAGAACCCGUUGGAGAAACGACUCGCUUUCACUUGGAGGAAGGGCUUCUCAAAGCUUUCAAACCUCAAGAACCAAGACCAGAAGACUUACCCAACUUCCAAAAGCAGUUCUCCUCCAAAACCUCAGAGAAAUCCUCCUCAGCACAGGCGAGCACCCAGGAAGGGGAUGAAGCACCCCAGUUUGACAGGACGACUCCUCCCGGCCCCCUCUCUCGCCCCUCUGGCAGGCCUAAGCUCCACUCGCAGCGACAUUCCGCCCCCCUCCCCCACGCCUGCCUGGAAUGUGGGAAGAGAUUCCGGCAGCGGUCCGACCUGCAACGACACUCCUUCGUGCACAGUGAGGAGAACCAGUUCCCCUGCCGGCUGUGUGAGAAACGCUUCGCCCACGCCUCGGGACUGCGGAUCCACGAGCGCAGCCACAGCGGGGACAAGCCCUACUGCUGCCCCGUCUGCCAUAAGACCUUCGGCAGCUCCUCCAACCUGGCCAAGCACCGCUUUGUGCACAGCGAGGGCAAGCGGUUCCCCUGCUCGGCCUGCGGGAAGAGCUUCAAGCACCCUGCCAGCCUGAACGCACACCGCAAGAGAGGCCAUUCGGACAGAUCAGGACGCACCGGAGAGCCGGAGGAUGGAGGGGCGCGGACGAGUCGGAGGAGGAAGCGGGUGCAGAGUCUCCCAUGCCAGAUCUGCGGGAGGAUUUUCGGGGGUGCGCGGACCCUGGAAGCCCACCUCCUGCUCCACGCGGGGGACCCCAAGCUGGGCUGCUUCGACUGCGACCUGCUCUUCGGGUCGAGGGAGGAGAUGGAGGUGCACCAGAGCUUCCAUCGUUUAGUGCAGGAGGGGUCGCCCGGGAUCGGAGAAAUAGAUGACGCUUUGUUCCAAGGGGGGCCGACUGGAAGGCUGGUGGUAGUUGCAGAGGAAUCGGACAGGGAGUUGAGCGGAGAGGGGGAGACGGUUUUGGAAGAGGAGGGGAGGAAAGUGUCCCAAAAUGGACUUGGCUGCAGUGAGGGCUGUGAACAUCUAGAGAGGCAGAGAGGGGAGGGGGUUAUCGGAGAGCGUCCAGGGGGUUGCUGUGAAUUAGGAAAACGAGGGGAAGGACUGCCUUGUGUGAGAAAUGGGAAACUGAGAGAGUUGAGGCAGGGCGGCGCUGCAGAGAGAUACGCAGAGGAUUCCGAAUCAGCGAGGCACACAAACCGAGAGGGAUUGGGAGAGGGAUUGAGAGGGGGUCUGGGGGAGAGAUUAGGAGGGGGAAUGACAGACAAAGGAUUAUUUAGCGAAAGACAUCAAGAGGGAAAUCAGAACCACCUGACCGGUUCUAUGGAGGUUCUAGAACAGCCUAGAGUGGACCCUGACGUCCAGGACUUGAGAGCGAGGCUGUGGAACAUUGUGGAACAGUGCAGCGAUGUGCGGGCCUGCAGGGAACAGCUCCGAGAGUUCUGGAGGGGGUUCAGGGAGUCUAGAACCUGUGAGGGAGCGGUCGACGAGAGGCAGGGGGAGUUUUUGGAACAAGGGUGCACAAAAAAGAAUGCUUCUGCGGGGUACAUUAACAGGCUACAGGGAUCUAGAGCAGGCUUUGGACCAGAAGUAAGGGAUAAUAAGUCCUCUCUGGGUUACUCUCAAAGCAGGAACAGGAACGGGGUGCAAAGUGCCCAGAACGUUCUAGAACCAGGUUCCUGCCAGAGAGGCUUUACGGAAAAAAGACUUGGACCCGAAAGCACCGCAAGGGGUUUGCCACAUCAGAAUGUUCUAGAAGCUGAUUCUAGAAAUGGAGGUUUCCAGAAUGGUCUGGAACAUUCCAGAGACAUUUUGAAGGAGGGAUCUGGAUGCAGUUUGGAGGAGGUUCUAGAAUGUUCUAGAAGUGGCAGAGCACCCAAACAGGGUCUUGAAAGGGUUGGCAGUCUUUCCAGAGUGGGUUUGGGAAACAGGGAUUUCAUGGAGAGGAUAAGAGACAUUCUAGAAAAUUCCUUGGACGGCAAAAUGUGCCGGGAGAGGCUGGAAAGGUUCUGGAAAGGUUUUGGAGAACGGAUGGAAGGGAGAGAGAGAGAGCAUUGGGGUGGAAGAGGUUGUAGAGAGAGGGGGAAUGAAACAGCUACUGAAAGAGAGGGGGACGGGCAGAACAGAGGAGGGAAUGGAAAACAAAGGGGAAGGGACUUGGAGGAGAGAAGGAGGGAAAGAAAGAACAACAGACUACAAAGAAAAGAAAAAAGAUGGAGAGAGAACAGGGAGGAACACACUAGAACCGAACAGAUCGGAACAGACAGGAACCCGCAGAGAUUAAAAGCAGGGCUGGAGAGGGACAGGGAGGAAACAGCAGAGAUAAGAACUGCCCCAAGCAACAGAAAAUCAGAACCACAGACUCCCAGAAUCACAGAGAAUCAGCCUCCCAGAGCAGGAGAGCAGGAGAUAGGAGAGAGGGCAGAGGGGGGCCUAAUGGAGCUGGAAACGAAAGGAACUAGCUUAAAGGAAGAAAGGGAUCUAGUACUGGCUAGAGGUAUCUUAGAAUACAAUGGGAAAGUGGGUCUAGUCCCAGAGAGAGGCGGCUUAGAGGAGGAAGAGAGAAUAGGAAGGGAUCUAAGGGAUCUAGAACUAAAGAGAGGGAGGGUUGUGGAACUAGAACCGGAAUUAGCAAGCUUAGAGGAAUAUAGGGAAGUGGAGAAAGAAGAGCACAGUCAGAAUCUGACACUGCAGAGAGCCGGCUCGGAUGCAGAGGGGAGGACAGGGAAGGAUCUGGCGCCAGCGCGAGGCACAGCCCCCCUAAACCUGCCUUACAAGUGCGGCCUGUGCCCGGCAGCCUUCUGCCGGCCCUCGGAGGCGAAGGCCCACGUGCAGGGGCACUCACCAGGGCGCGUGCACUCGGGAGAGAAGCCCUUCGCCUGCGCGGUGUGCCAGCGCCGCUUCAGCCAGGCCGGCACGCUCCGCACACACAGCCUGGUGCACUCCCAGGACAAGCCCCACCGUUGCCCCCUGUGCCCGGCCGGCUUCCGCAGGAGCGCUGACCUGCGCCUGCACCAGAGGAGGCACAGCGGGGAUAAGAGGUACCCCUGCAGCCUGUGUGACAAGGCCUUUGUACAGUCCAACGCACUGCUAGCACACCAGCAAACACACUACAGGAGAGAGAGGAGGAGGCAACGCAGAGAGCAGGAGUCUGAGAGACACUGAGACACACACAAAGAGAUACAGUGAGAUACACACACACACACUGAGGUACACAGAUACACUGAGGGUGGAUUGCAUAUAUUGAGAUUCAGCCAGGAUUAGAUCGAAUUGGAUCGGAUUGAAUCCUGGAUUGACAUAUUGUUUCCGUUGCACACAUCAAGAUGCCUGUUCGAUCCUGGAUUCCGCUCCAGUCUUGGUAUGAGGGUGGAUUGAGUCUGGAUUGGCUGUCGGUUAUUUUGAACUUGUUCGACAAAUUCGGGACGUGAGAUUGGUUAGAUAUCAUAUUGUUUGCAGUCAUAGCAAUCCAUUUGUUGAAUUUAAUGAUGAAAGUUUUCCAACAGAACAAAAUAUCCAUCGUGUACAACAAUUGUUUUUUGCUAGAGCAGGUUUUCCUGCUGUGGUAGGUGCUAUAGACUGCACCCAUGUGCCAAUAAUUUCACCAGGGGGGCGAUAGGGCUGAAACUUUUUGGAAUCGUGAAGGGUUUUUUUUUCAAUCAAUGUACAGAUGAUCAGCAAUUCAGAGCUAAAUAUUACCAACAUAGUUGCUCGAUGGCCUGGAUUUACACAUGAUUCUUGAAUAUUUGAAAACAGUUUUGUCUGCGUCAAGUUUGAAAACAGUGAGAGGUAUGUUGUUAGGUCACAAUGGCUGCCCCUGUAGGCAGUAUUUAAUGACCCCAAUUUGAAACCCUGGAACUGGUGGUGAAAGACGUUUCAACAAGGCUCAUGCACAGACGAGAAAUGGGAUUGAACGGAUACAUUCAGUGUUCUUAGAAAAAGGUUUCCAUGUUUAAUAUUUCUUAGUGAUAAAUUGGAAAGGGCACUUGUGAUCAUAGUGGUAUGGCCAGUUUUAGCUUUUUCAUUUUUAUACAGUAAUUUGAAUUGCUUUAUUUCCCAACGUUUACUACACUGUGGGAAUUGAAUUCUGUGGCAAUCUGUCCCCAGGUAGAUUCCUUCAGUGCCAGUGUUUGGUUGUCUGUCUUUUAUUUUCAAUUUUUUUUUUGUCUGUCUUUUAUUUUCAAAUAUUAAAUUUGAUAAAAGGUUUAUUUUUCAUGUGAAUUAAACGCAGGCCUCUUAGUUGCUGCCAUGGUGAUGCUCUGACUACAUCACAAAACGAUGAUUCGUAAUCAAGCUGCGCUACUGACAGCAUCAAUCCUGGAUUAACAGGUGAAUCCUAGAUCCAAUCUCAGAUUCGUAGAUCCGGGACCAAUCUUGAUAUGCGCAACAGAAAUAAAUCUAGGAUUCAAUGUUGGAUUAGUCAAUCCUGGAUUUGAUCGAAUCUUGAUCUCGAUGUGCGCAAUCCACCCUUAGAGAUACACACACACUGAGAGACACAGAUACACUGAGAGAUACACACACACUGAGAGACACAGAUACACUGAGAGAUACACACACACUGAGAGACACAGAUACACUGAGAGAUACACACACACUGAGAGACACAGAUACACUGAGAGACACAGAUACACUGAGAUACACACACACUGAGGGACACAGAUACACUGAGAGAUACAGAUACACUGAGAGAUACAUAUAAACAGAUACACUGAGAGAUACACUGAGAGAUACACACACACUGAGAGACACAGAUACACUGAGAGACACACACACACUGAGAGACACAGAUACACUGAGAGACACACACACACUGAGAGACACAGAUACACUGAGAGACACACACACACUGAGAGACACAGAUACACUGAGAGACACACACACACUGAGAGACACAGAUACACUGAGAGACACACACACACUGAGAGACACAGAUACACUGAGAGAUACACACACACUGAGAGACACAGAUACACUGAGAGAUACACACACACUGAGAGACACAGAUACACUGAGAGACACACACACACUGAGAGAAACAGAUACACUGAGAGACACACACACACUGAGAGACACAGAUACACUGAGAGACACACACACACUGAGAGACACAGAUACACUGAGAGAUACACACACACUGAGAGACACAGAUACACUGAGAGAUACACACACACUGAGAGACACAGAUACACUGAGAGACACACACACACUGAGAGACACAGAUACACUGAGAGAUACACACACACUGAGAGACACAGAUACACUGAGAGACACACACACACAGAUACACUGAGAGAUACACAGAUACACUGAGAGACACACACACUGAGAUACACAGAUACACUGAGAGAUACACAGAUACACUGAAAGAUACAUAUAAACAGAUACACUGAGAGAUACACACACUGAGAGACACAGAUACACUGAGAGAUACACACACUGAGAGACACAGAUACACUGAGAGAUACACAGAUACACUGAGAGAUACACACACAGAUACACUGAGAGAUACACACACAGAUACACUGAGAGAUACACAGAUACACUGAGAGACACACACACACUGAGAGACACAGAUACACUGAGAGAUACACUGAGAGACACACACUGAGAUACACAGAUACACUGAGAGAUACACAUACACAGAUACACUGAGAGAUACACAGAUACACUGAGAGAUACACACACAGAUACAGAGAUGGAUACACACACACUGAGAUACACUGAGAGAUAUGCACGUACACACACAGAAAUGCUUACUUAAAAUAUUUUCUCUUACCUCUUAUUAGCUUUGUUAACAUUACCACUGGUCCCACCUUUAAAGGAGUGCUAACCAUCUUUAAAACCCAUUCUUUCCUUUUAACGAAACAGAAUAAAAGUAAAAUAUGAAGAAUUACAGUUGUGUCUUUUUGUAUUUGUAAAUGUAUUUGUGUAAAUAAAUAAUUAA